AUGUCGGCGGAGCAGGAGUUGGAAAGUAAGGACAAGGGCAAGACAUCAGUGGUCAAAGCAUUGCAGGAGAUAGAUGAGAUCGCUCCACGGACGGAGAUACCUACGGCGAAACGCGUUCGACACUUCAGUCCAGAAAAGAAGACCGUGAUCAGCGAGGCCCCAUCGACUCUCGCUGCUGAUGACUACUCCGCAUACGCCAAUUCCAUCGGUUUCGACCAGGACUCGCAGUUGGAGUUUGAUGUAUCACAUAUGUAUCCUGGAUCACAGGACCUCGGCGCGCCGCCUACUGAGACGCAGCAGUGCAAUUAA